GUACUUAAGGAGGUGUGUUAUACAAAAGCCUUUACUCAGUGGAUUUUUUUUUAAGCGUCUUGCAUUUGAAAGCAUUUGAAAGCCUUUACUCUAGAAUUUGGCAGUUGUGAUUUAUAUGUUCUUUUAUAAUGAACAGAAGAAGCAGAGGAGUAGCAGAGUCCUCCAAUGGCUGGCCUGAUCAUUUUCAACGAAGAACUGCUGCGAAAGCUUGCUUCUGUGAUUUACCACAAGGAGGCAGAGGCAAUCAAGAACUUCCAAUUCAAUUCUUAACCAGAAUGCGCGAAAUACCUCAGCAAUUGCAAAAGUAACUACGAAUCCACAAUUGGGAUUUUGAAUGAUGGCCUUGGAUUGAAGGAAGGAUUUUAGGAUGACGAGAUCAAAAGUCCAAUUGCUCAUGACAUCUUCUCUUACAUCAAAAGAUGCAUCAACAGUGCACUCCAGGCCGACUGAAACUACACUCUUCGUAUGAGCUAUCUGAAUAAGAUCAAGGAACACUCCAACGCUCUUAUAGAUGCACUCAGGAAGCUGGACCAGACGAGUCCAACCAACGUUCAGAGUCUGGCUAUGGAAGCAGUGCAGUACCAAACUGCUAUGUUGGAGUAUACCAAGAAGCGUCAGAGUGAAGCAUCGAGUAUCUUCUCGAAAUGGAUCAAAGAGAAGGGCUGGACCUUUGACGAGCUCGUCAAAAGAUAUCAGGCGAUGCUAGGAUUGAACAGACCGUUCAAGAACCUGAAAGAAGUGGAAAAGCUACAGUUUACGAGGAAAUUAUUGAAGCUUCAGGGUGGGGCAGAGCUGUAGUGAACCAAAUAUCGAUGACAUCGGAGUAGCAGGGAUCGCCGUGCUCCACUUCACUGCAGGGAGCUGGGUGUGGGGCAUAUAUAUACCAUCAGAGCACAAGCUUGAGACGGUGAGUAGAGAUAUCCUACAGGUCGCAUCGGCAACGGGCGGUGCGAUGUUGGGAGAAGUGGUGGCGGCUGCCUUGCAGACCGUCAUCGUUGCUACGUGGCUCCAAUGCCUGAUGGAGUGGUCCUUGCUCGUCAAAUUGCCCAUCAAGAUUCUGUGGCUGCUAGAUUUUCAACUCUGGUGGAGGUCACCUACGGCCAUCACUGCAAAUAAAAUAAAACUAGCUUCCACUAUCCUGCAAUGCGUGCUUCCCACUAUGUCCCUAUGCUAUAAUUUGUGAUGUAAAACAGUUUUGUAUUAUGUUUCUAUGCUACGAAACUAGUUUUCCCACACCACACUAAUGUAUUAUGUUUUUACGUUAUAAUUUGCAAAGCAAUGCAUUGUAAAUUAAUUUGAAAUUUAAAA